UAUUGUUCUCGAUUACCAAGCGAAAACUUACUUUGCUUGAAAGUGUAUUAGUCACUGAAAGGUAAACGGUCCUUGUAGAAAGUUUUCCUGUUCACCCCUGUCCAAACUAGAAGUCAUUGAAUCACCGAACACCAUUAAGCAAAGUUGAUUGACCACAAAAGUAUAACUUAUAUACCGUCACGGACAGAGCUCAAAGAUUUUGCACUUGAUUUUCAAAAUCGCCAUUGCCCAUUAAGUUGCUAUCACAAAUGUUGUAUGUGAAGUAUGGUGAAGACCCUAAGCGCCUUGAGGAAUAACAAAGACACCAAUUUAUUGUUGUGAAGAACUACUAAGCAUGUCCAGCUGUUCCAAGAAUAUACACGUCUGUUGGAUCUAAAAGCUGAAGACUGCUCGUUGUUAUGGCCGAUUUGGAAACUGGUGAGAUCGUCAGCCUAAAAAAGCAAUUGGCUUUUGCCAUUGAACAAGGAGAURAAGCAGCUCAAGGUGCUGCUCAGGACAGUUUAGGAGCAGCCUACAUUGCAUUAGGCAAGAAUCAUGACGCAAUUAAAUGCUACAAGCAGGCUGCUAGAAUUGCCGUUGAGUUAGGCACAACUCAUGCAGAAGCUAGAGCAUAUUACAACAUAGGAAAUGCUAASAGCUCGCUAGGUGUCAAAGAAGAGGCAAUCGAAUAUUAUGAGAAAUGUCUGAUAGCGUUGAAYGGGAAAGGAGACCCACAUUUUAUAAUAGGCCAAUAUCAAGGGWCGGGUUCCUAUCUUGAAAAAUGUCACGGYUUCGCYAUUCCUACCAACGAUAGCGAUUUAGUGAUCAAGUUACGGAAUAUUGCAAAUGUCAAAAACAAAUUAGGAAAAUAUCAGGAAGCACUGGAAUGCUACAGCAUGUGUCUAGAAUACGCUGUAAAAAGUGAAGAUACGGAAGCCCAAAAAGCGCUAUAUUGUGACAUAGGCGUUAUUGCCUAUGRGGCGAGGGAUUAUCACGAAUCAGUGAGAUAUUUCAAAAAAUAUCUUGAAAUGACAGAAAUUUCUGACGAUAAGAGAGGUGAAGUUGUAGCUUAUAGUAACUUAGGAAACGCGMACUUUUGCCUUGAAGAUCAUGGUAAAGCAAUUAGAUGCCAUGAAAAAUGUUUAAGCAUAGCAACAGAAUUAGAUUACAAGUAUGGGCAACAAUGUGCUUAUCAAAACAUGGGACGUGCCUAUGAUGGAUUAGGCCGACAUGAGARGGCAAUCGAGUUSUACAACAAAUGYUUAGCUAUUGCCAGCGAUAUUGGCGACAAGGGAGCGGAAAMCAAGGYGUAURCAAACCUUGGMGAUGCUURUUCUGCUUUAGGAAAUUACCAAAAAGCAAUAGAGUACCAMAAAAAGAGCCUUGAUGCGUCUACGGCUACUGGAGAUAGAAAUGCCGCAAUGGUUUAUUGCGAAAAGUUAGCAUUUGCCUAUUUAAUGUCAGGAGAUUUAAGAAAUGCAAUAAAAUACUAUGAAGGGUCGUUUCUUURUGCAGAGAAGGUAGACAAAGAACWACAGAGAAGAGCGUGCAUUGCAUUGGURUCUUUAAACGUUAAAGUUGGUGAAUAUCAGGARGCYAUUGAAAAGUGUCGAAAUUAUAUACAAAUUGUUGAAGGGCUUGAUAGGCGAGAAGAGGCAAAUGGYUAUUGCAAUUUAGGAAAUUUGCAUUUGAUGACAGGGCAGUAUUCUGAGGCAUUCGAUGGUUAUCAAACAUGCAUAGAAAUUGCUUUAGAAAUCAAGGAUAUGUCUUUAGUKUCAAYAGCGCUCUGUAACUUAGGAAAUGUGGAUCAGGCAAUAGGAAAUAGCGCRGAUGCCAGUGAAAAUCACAAAAGGAGUGUAGACAUUGCGAUUGAAAGUGGAGACAGCGAGGCUGAAGYACGAUCAUACUGCAUUCUAGGACAUCUUAGUUAUCAAUCAAAACUCUAUAAUGAAUCAAUAGGGUAUCUUGAAAAAUAUUUGCAAGCUGUUUUAGAAAAAAGUGAUAAAAAGGGAGAAUUAUUGGCUUGUAGAAACUUAGGAAGUGCUUAUUUAGCAUUAGGCAAACAUCAAGAAGCUAUUAAYUUUCACGAGAGAAGCGYGGAGAUAGCUGUUGAGCUGGGUGACAAACAAGGAGAAGGAAGAGCCUAUGAAUACAUAGGUUAUUCUUAUGCAUCAUCGAAAGACUACUUGAAGUCGAUUGAAAAUCACGAGAAACAGCUUGAAAUUGCUAAAGACGUUGGAGACAAAAUAGGUGCUGGAAAAGCCAAUAAUAGMUUGGGCGGUGCUUAUUUUGCUCGAUAUCUCAUGGAAAAAGACCAGGAUGUCUUUGUACAGAAAGCCAUUAGCUACCUAGAAGAAAGCAUUUCAUSUUAUGAUGAAGCGUUUGAAAACAUUUCAGAGUAUGAUCAUUGCAGGAUAUUCAUGGAAGAUCAGUUCCUCAGAUCAUACGAAAUGCUUUUGGAAGUCUUAAUCGAAAUGGGAAAAAAUGAAACAGCUCUGAUCGUCUCGGAACGCAAAAGGGGUAGAGCCUUGGAAGACAUUUUGGCUUUGAAGCAUAAAGCGCAGAAAACAUUKCCGUUUCUCCAUAACUUUAUARCAUCAAACAGCAAUAGAAAACUUUUGUURAGCGAAUCGUGCAUCUUAUUUUUCUCCCAAGAUCGUCUAAGGUUAACGAGACAUGAUAAUGUGUUAACUGUCGGCAGUUGGAUCAUAGACUUAAACAAUGAAGUGUCAUUCCAUUGCUAUGAUUUUUCUGAAGAUGGAUCUAUUGAUGAAGACAUCCUUAACAGCGAGAAUAUACUUCAACGUCUUGUCAAUAAAAGUUACGUUUCGAUGUCUGCCAGAGGAGAAGGUGCCUGUGAGAAUCGAUCUUUCAGCAUCAAUGAUGAUUCAACCGYCCAAAGCUCACUUGAAGYRCAAUCKACUUGCGCUAGGAGUGGYAAGAGAAACACUGUCGACGAAGAAUUUGACGGAGACUAUUUAGAGAUUCUCUUCGAUGCACUGAUUACUCCAAUUAARCACAUGUUGACACAAGAUGAGAUUAUCAUCGUCCCUGACGGACCUUUGUUCAAAGUCCCUUUCGCAGCUUUACGAGAUCGUGAGGAAGGCAAAUAUUGGUCAGAGACAAAACGAAUUCGAAUUGUUCCCUCYUUGACAACAUUAACAAUUCUKAAAGAUUCUYCAGCGGACUUAAACAGUUURAGGGGUGCACUCAUCAUCGGUGAUCCUGACGUUGAAGGAAAACGAAUGUUGAAAGACACURCAAUAUCUUUCUCUGCAUUGCCAAAUGCUCGACGCGAAGCUGAAGAGAUAGCUAAAGUCCUUGGCGUGAAUGCACUAGUAGGAGAACAAGCAACCAAGCAAGUUGUCAUGGAACGGCUCAGGGAAGGUGUUGCUGUCAUCCACUUUGCAGCACAUGGAUGUGCAGACAGUGGAGAAAUAGUACUCAGUCCACCCGAAUCUCUAAAGGGAACACAAACCAUACCUUCAGAGGACGACUAUCUGUUAAAAAUCAAUGAAGUGCAAUUUAUUGGAAUACGAGCAAGACUUGUUGUGCUGAGCUGCUGCCAUAGCGGUCGUGGGGAGAUCAAAUCAGAGGGUGUGAUUGGAAUGAGUCGAGCCUUUCUUGCUGCCGGCGCCCUAGCUGUUGUGGCUUCUUUGUGGGCUGUAGAUGACUUAGGAACAAAAGUGUUCAUGCAGAAGUUCUACGAACAAUUGAAUCAAGGGAAGAGUGCUAGUAGAAGUCUCCAGCAAGCCAAGAAUGAAAUGCUAGCGGAUAGAAGUUCAAGGUACACAGAACCGAGUUUUUGGGCUCCUUUUGUUCUUAUUGGUGAAGAUGUGACUAUAAAAGUGAAAAACUCUUAAUUUUGACUUCCAYGAAUACAUCAGUUGCAGCCGAUUAUUGGUUAUGAUAUCAAAUAUAACACAUUUAUGAGAAUUUGUUUUACUUUAUAUGUCUUUWUGAACUAAGUAUAAAAGGUUUGAAAGGUUUAUAGUUAUCUUACCCAGAAUCACUGUGUAGAUAGCGUUACCAUAUAGUAUAGUGUAUAAUAUAUAAUAUAUAAUAUAGUGCCAUAAUUAGCAAUUAGACUACGAGGUCUAGUGAAGUAAGAGUUGAUAGUCCAUGAAGCCAUAAUCGGCGCGUAGUACACGAGGCCUAGUCGUCUCGUUGUUUUAGUAUCCAUCAAACUAUAUGGCAAAUUCAGCUWGAGACCAUAAAGAACAAUUUUAAUCGACAUUUUUUUCGAUUAGUAUUCCCUUCAUUCGAUGACACUAUAUACUUUGUCUAUUAUGAAUCCAAUAUAGUUCAAUAGCCAAUAAGAAUGCUUGAUUUGUGAUAGCCCAUAGUUUGAUGGAUACUAAUAAUUGUAAUUGUGGUAAUAGCUUUUAGCUUUUUGAAGCUUUUACGUCAUGUAACGUAUUCACAAUGCAUUGUAGGAUAUGUGUGACGCAGAACAUGGCGGAUUUCUUUUGUUUACUCAAGAAACUAAUCCUACACUGAAUUCAAAAAUCGAGUAGUGACGUAAAAGGUUCAGAGGUCUAUUUUUUAUUGCAGUCGUUUGCAACAAUUGUGCUUGCUARAAUAUACUAUUUUGGGGGUUUUUCUAUUGUUUCUUUUCAUUUUUAUUAUGAUCAAAUUAUGGUUUGUUUGGGAGUUCGAUCGUGUUCUGUAYAAAUGUAGGGCUAUUAUUUAUCUAUUAUUGAAGACUUGAUUAUUCUACAUAUUGGUGUAUUCAUGCAAUGCUUGGCAAGCAGAAUUUCUUGAAAUGACUGUAACAACGAACAAAAAUGAAAAUGUAACAAAAUGUUACAACAGAAAGAGAAAACAUAAUUCUUUUUCUCAUUUUAUUCGAUUAUUCGAUUUUUAUAUAUAUUUUUAAGUGAGAAACAACUCAUGACUAUUAAAGUGUAUAUUGAAGUGUAAUAGAGGCCAUGUUGGUCUACAAGGAUGGGUAGGUGACCAUAAUUGUUUUGCAGUUUUGCAGUAUAUACAAAAGACGUACAUGGCUUCCAAAUGUAAUAAGGAGCUGUGGAAUAAGCAAUAAUUAUCAUGAGGGGAGGGAGAGUAAUUAGGCAGUACUCCCUCCAAAGCAUAACGAAAUAGCUCUUAUCCCCCCUGCUAUACUAGAGAUAACGUCGGUGGUUUUAUUGGUGGUUUAAAURGUGCCCCAGUUGUCAUGGUUUCACCGAUGGCAACAUUUUCAAUAUUAUUAUAAGUAAUAGCAUGGCUC